CGCCGACCGAGGUGGACGUCCCGAUACUCCCGACGGUGCGCCAGUGCCAGUUUGUGCAUCCCCCAGUUCACACAGUCAAUCGCGCGCUUUUUAUGCGCUUCGAAAGUUUUGCAAAGUUUGCCAACUGCCGGAACGCGCGUGGAAAAUCGCUGAACAAUUUUCACAGUGUGUGUGUGCAUCAUUUAAAAAAUCUACACCAAAUUUAAAUCAUAAACCAACCAGCUAUAAAAUUAAUUUUCUGCCGAAAAAAAAACUUUCUUCCCUUGGAUUAAUUUUUUUGUGGGGUGUAACACAUCUACAAGUUUUUUUGAACUGAUUUUGUGAACUUUGUGCGAUAAUUAUUCGACCUUUAAAAGUACAAUAAAAAACGCAAGAAACAAACUGUAGAUGAAGUCGAAUCUUUGAGCAAGUGCACACGGAGACAAGUUAAAAGUUGAUAGUUGAUCGAAAAGUUGCGGAAAAGUUUUGAGCGGGCGCCGCCUCCUCCUCACCGCGUCGUCCUGUUGUCUCCGCGCGGACAUCCGACGUCGAGAAUGGAUAAAUUUCGACGCAAGAAUUGUCGUCGUCAGAAGAAGAAACCGAUAGCGCUGCACUUGGCGUACAUCCAUCUACUCUUCGGCAGCGUAUUCGGCGUGGCAGUGACAGUGACUCAGCGCUGCGUCGACGACUGGUUUACGUAAAUAAAAAAAAGCCCUCAUUGAAUUAUAAUAGAAUGCGUACCGGCCGCAUUGCAGGAAGAAGAUGUCAUCCAAAAGAAGAAGAUAGUCAGUCACGUCAAUAUUGAUCAAUGCUGAAUGCUCAUUUGUCAUCUGCUCGGCUCAUUGUCAUGCAUGCAAAUAUUUGUUGGCGCCGAACGUAAUUUUUCAAAACCAACCAGCACACGCUGGUAAUCGUUAGGCAUUAAUGGCGACCUCCACCUGCUCGACAUGGACAUGCCAACGGACGUGCGCGUCCCCGUCUUUCUCACUUCCGGGCAAACGUAUCGCAUCGCCAUCGGCAGCACCGUCAUCCUACCCUGCAAAAUCAACGAUCCAGGCAGUUUCGUCCUUGUUUGGAAGCGUGGCAUAGCCGUUUUAACCGCUGGCGCCGUGAAAGUGACCCCGGAUACUCGUGUAAGUCUUCUGCAAUGGACUCCGAACGGCGGGGCUCCCGACAUACCCGGCUUGUCCAAUGGUGGUAGUUAUUCUUUGGAGUUGAAGAACGUUCGCCCGCAGGAUGCCGGUGACUACGUCUGUCAGGUGGGAUCCAUCGAGCCCAAAGAGAUUACGCACACUCUGGAGAUCUUAGUGCCGCCACGCAUCCAUCACGUGUCCCAUCUGGCGCCGUUCGAGGUGCUGCAAGGCGCCACCGUUAAGAUGGAGUGUCGCGCUUCGGGCAAUCCGGUGCCGGCCAUUGCCUGGACGCGCAAGAACGGCGCCUUGCCAAGCGGCGAACGCACCGUCUCGGGCAUGUCGCUCGUCAUCCAGCAUGCUGAUCGUCAUGCCAGCGGAGUCUACCAAUGCGCUGCUGACAACGGUGUAGGCCAACCGGACAUCAAACAAAUCUCUCUCACUGUUCUCUUUGCACCGGAAAUCGAAGCGGAACGUGGCUCUGUUCAUUCGGGAAUCGGAAUUGAGGCGCAGUUGGUUUGCAACGUAUACGCCGAGCCGGAAGCCAAUGUUAUCUGGUACAAGGACUCCACCCAGCUGGGCACCACUGAGCGUCAUGCUUCGCACACCCACGGCAACCGAUACUCCUUCAUCAUUCGCAACGUCACGUCCGAGGAUUUUGGCAAUUACAGCUGCGUGGCCAACAACGUUCAUGGACGCGCUCGUGAUCAUGUGACCCUCACCGGUAUUGCUUCUACUGCCCAGUUUGAAUCCCCAGCUAUCAGUGAUGAAAAGGACACCUACAACAUCUCCUGGUACGUCAACAGCCACGCUGCCGUUUUGGAAUAUCGCCUCUUCUACAGACAAGUCCAAGCUCACCGCCGUAAGACCCAUGGGGAAUCCUCCCCAUCCUUUUCCACCUCGGUGGUGUACGGUACCCUCAAGACCAGUCAUGACACUCUCGCUAAUGGUAAUAAUGGCAACGCAAACGGUAACAACAAUGGAAACAACAACGGUAAUGCCCGCGGUACUCAAAUCCCAUCAUUCAAAGCCGACUGGGCCAGUGUAAUCAUCCCCGGUGCAGGAGUUCGCAGCCCUUCAAUGCACAUCGCCCCACCGUACCCCGCAGUUACUCGCCAGAAGAUGUGGUAUGUCAUCAAAGCCCUCCAACCAGGAACUCAGUAUGAAGCACGAGUACAGGCACGGAACCGUUACGGAUGGAACAAAAUCAGCCAAAACUACCAUUUCUCAACCCGCAGUAACGAUAUUGAAAACAUGGUGGAACCCUCUGCCCAGCCCGCAGUUUAUGGCAGCAACCAGAAUUCGCUACUCAAUAACGCUCCGGCAAUGAACAAGGAUUAUCUCGGCAUGGCCUCUCUGCUCUUCGUCGCCGUCGCCCUGGCAUUCUAAAUCUAACCAGACAGCAACGAAAAGGAAAUAUGGUCCAACACACAACCGGCACAAAGCAUUAGUAAGGUAGGCGGCAAUUCGCGUUCAUCAACAAAAAACCCAUCAUCCACAAUCACCUGCGAGGACUGACGGCACGAUACGUACAAAAGGAAAUCAACCAUUCCACCCCCACCCAAAUUCUCGAUAACCUAACAUGCAGUAGUUUUGCCGCCGGCCGCACGAACCCGUUGACGAAACCCGGCGCUACAAAGUCAUACUCUCUUUUAUCUUACUCAAUUUCAUGUGGUAAUUGUACGUCUACGUCGAUAACGCAUCGCGUUUCGACGAAAGUGAUUAAUGUCCCUCUGACCGCCUCACCACUGGCAAACCACCAACGAUAGCUCCCUUCAUACCCCCGCCCUUACAAUUCUUUCCGAAACACAACAAUCAUUCAUACCAACCUAUCAAGUAGUAUGCAUAACUCUGAUGAUGAUGAUGAUGAAUUAAGCAGAAGAAAAAUUAUAAAAAAUGAAAAAGAAAAUAUGAAGUUAUCUGUUGAUCUGAUGUGUUUUAUUGAUGAGAGAUGCGCAAGCAGCGAAUUGUAACAUUCGUCGCGGCGUUGGAGGAACGAAUAGCUACCACAGACGAUCACUCGACAUGAGUAUCAUUCUAGUGCAUUCUGUCCGAUCGAGUGGAGUGAAAACAAACACAACGUACGUCGUACUUUCAACGUGAUCGUAUGUGGACGUUAUAAAAGAGUAACAAUUUAAAUAAUUAAAUUUUAAAUAAAACGAUAAAAAAUCUAUUGUCUCAUCGAUGUGUAGAAUUAAUUAAUGAAAAGGAAAAUGCAGUCGUUUUUAUUGUAUGAUUCUUCUCGAUCGGGUUCGAAGUGAAGAUUGAGAUGUUCGUGAACAUUUUGAACGUGAAUGGAACGCGACGCGUGUCGCGAGCGCGCGUCUGCCCAUAAACCGUAAGCGCCGAGGACAUGGAUUUCUUCCUGAUUCCCACACAUCGACACACACACUCACACACGUCUCACACGCACACGUUUACGAACCAAAGAUUUAUAUCUGUUUCAAUUACCGAUAGUAAGAUAUAUGUAAUGUCAUAUCAAUAUUUUGAACGUUCUAAAUGUACUAAUCGAAGUACGGCGAUGGAGAUCUGUGUUGACGAGGGUGACGAAGAUUUGUGUAUUUGUGUUAAUGCUACAUACAUGUUUUAUCGCAUAAUCCUCCUUGUACUCUCCGAGCUGCAAGCCAACCGCGGGUUGGCUUGAAUUUGGGAAUGCAGGACGAACGGACUAGAUCAGAGGACAAACGGAUGACACGAACGGCAAAAUGUGAACGCGCUUUUUCGGCUUUGCACAAUUUAUACAAAAAUUGAAUAAAACGACGAACAAAAAUUAUAUUGAAGAAGAAAACUAUUUAACAAAGAAAAUGAAAUUGUAAAAAAAAUUACAUAUUAUUAGUUUAUUCGUAUAGGCAAAACAAUCGGCAGUUUGUAAUUAAGAGAAAUAUUAGCAAAUGUACGAAAUUUACGACAGAAUUUAACAGAGUCUUAUCGUCACCUCACUUAAUUGAAGGUGAACGCAAAACUUCACCGAACCGAACAAACAAAAUUUAGAAAUUGUAAAACUUAUUAUUGAUUUUAUUAUUGGGUAAAUACGUAAUUUGAUAAAUGUACAUAAAGACUGAUAUUAACUAUUUUUAUAUAAGAAGGUGCAAUAAUAUUAAGGCCAUUAUUACCGUUCGAUUAAUUAAAACAUCGGAUUAAGAACUUACGAACACACUAAGGCAGCACGACGAGGCGCGGCGAGCAUAAUGAAUAAUUCCAGCGAUUGCAACACCGACUAAUGACCAAAGCGCGCCGUCGAAUCGAAUGGCAAUUCGAAGCUCGAAUUAUAUGAAAUAGUGAAGGUCGCGAAUUGAUGAUCAACUGAACCGGAUGCUGGCUUGUAGUACUAAUUAUUAAAUGGGGUCCCCCUUCGUAAUUGUAACACACACACUUAAGCGAAUGUUAAGACAAACCUAAGAGAUAUGAAACCAAAAAAAAAAUGAAUCCAAAAAAUGCAACCAUUAAGCAAACCCUAUAACUUUAAUCAAUUGAUGAUCAAUUAGGCGCAUUGUCAAUGUAUUAUGAUUAUAAUUAACUUAUGAAAUUAUAAAGCACUGGUCUACGCGUGGGAUGGUCUGGUUACUUCUUGCGCGAACGAAACGCUUUCAUUUCUCUCUUCGUGGAUGUGAUUCAAAAUGCACACACUGUAAUUGUAUUCUAUAUGUAAGUGUAACCUUUAUGGGAGCUGUGAAAACACGAGCGAGGAGCGUAGGCCAGUGUUGUUAAUGGAUUAAUUAUCCGUAAAGAUGUGUAUAAGUGAUGUAAAUAAAGCUUAUCCCAAAAAAAUAAACAAAAUUAAAUGAAA